AUGUCGGAAACUAAGGAUUUUGACAUUAUCCGCGUCGCCCGCAGCGACGGCGCAGAUAAUGGCCCGGGAUACUGGCCCGCCACGUCUUCCGCUCCUAAGAAGACUGGCAAAGAUGCUGCCGCUGCUGCGCCGUCAGCGCCAGAAAAGAUGCCGAGGGUCAAGCCGCAAAUGCUGCGGUUAGCAGAAGAUGAUCCUCGCUUCAUUGAGUGGCGUAUAAAGCUCGGGAUACUGCUAAAGCAGGAACUCGCGCCAAACCCUGACGAGGGAAACCCGUGGUACGUCCAAUUCCCGCGUGGGUACUGGCUGUACGAAAGGUCCAAACACCUCUGGGUAUCAGGAUACCCCAUCAAAUCCAAGCUGUACAGGAGCGCACAGGAAUUCGGGCUUCACUUGAUAUGGCUGCUGUCCGCGUCAAAAGACUACAAGGAUUGCUGCUGCGUGCAUUGCAACCAACCCAGCCCCGCGAAGCUGGUUUCGUCAAUCGAGGACACGCUCAUCAUAACACCGAGCGAGACGCCGGUUCCCGUGCCAGGACUCUCCUCGGUGCCCAUGUCCAAGACACCCUCGUCGAAUGCAUCGACGCCCGUCCCUCUCCCGGCCAAAGUCACACCUGUGCCGCUGCCUCCGAUUCCAGGGCAGAAACCGACCGCACCCGCCACAGCAGCGGUAAUUGCAACCAAACCAUCAACCUCGACAUCAAAUCCUACACGAUCCACGAGCCAGACUGUCGUAGAAGGGCCUGCCCCUUCUGCGUUGGAACCUCUAGCGACAUCAUCGCUAUUAACACAGCCGCUGCAGCAGCAGCAACAACAACAACAACUACAACAACUACAGCAGCAGCAGAAACAGCAGCAACAGCAACAGCAGCAACAGCAACAGCAGCAGCAGCAGCAACAGCAGCAGCAGCAACAACAGCAGCAGCAGCACCAACAACAGCAGCAGCAGCACCAACAACAGCAGCAGCAGCACCAACAACAGCAGCAGCAGCACCAACAACAGCAGCAGCAGCAACAACAAGCUGCACAAUCCCAAGUCCAACAACCGCCAUGCGUCCGAUGGUCUCUUCAAGGCUCCCUUCUCUUCCGCGCCGGCGAACUAACUUGGUACCAGAAUGGAACCACGUGGCGGCUGGGCAUCAUAUCCGCCCCGGCCACACAAUCUGGCCACUUCACCAUGCUGCCCAUCGGCCAUGCCCUCGUGCCCCAGCCAAUGGUCACCAAAGCGCCGGCCGACCUGCGACCCUUCCACGCGUUCUCCGUGCCCCCCGUAGCGAUCCAGGACCUCAAGGACAAAGCCUUCGACCAAGUUCCCUGGGACAACCUGUUCCGCUCCACGGCCAACGACCUUGCUAAACGAGAACUCCUCGCCCUCGACGCCUCCAAGCUAGCAGCCUCCCGGAUUGACGCCUCCUACUCCCUCUGGUGCCCCCUCAACGAAGACGCCAAAGCCGACCCCUACCCCUACUACGGCUGCUUCUUUGGUGCGGAGCGGAUCGAAAUCGGCGACUGCCUCCGCAUGAAGCCCGUCGCCUCGGAGCCGUCCCUCGCAGGCGAUUCGCUCAUCAUGGGCCUCCGCUACAUAUUCACAAGGAAGGAGUACCCCGGCACAAUCUUCUUCCGCGGCAACGUCUACAAGCCCGCCAAGGAGGACGCGUCUCCCUCAUCCAUCCUAACUCAGGACCAGCUACCCAUUGCGCUGAAGGACGAGGUCCAGUGGCGCAGCCAAGUCAGUCCCGGCAGACCGUCGCGCUGGAUCCUGGCAAAGGAAAACGUCACGAUCAACGAGCAAUUCAUCAGGGGGAGGUUCUACCCCACCCACAGACUGAUGCCCAUCCUCAACGCCGAGUCUUUCAACGCGGCACUGGCUCAGGGCCGUGUAGAGGACCAGGUCCCGUACCUGAACAACCGCACCAACGGCGUAGGAGGUGGCUACGUCGGACGAAAACCGAACAGGAUACAGAGCCUAGGCCUCGCCGUGCAGCAGGGGUCUCGGAUAUCGCUGGAGCCACUUAUCAGGGAGGAGGCGGCCUGA